UAACAUACAUAUUCGGGAAAAAACAUUGGAACGGGUUGGACGCGGAUAGCACACUUCUGCAUUUUUCUGCGAAAAAAUUCAAUCAAAGCGGAAAAAUAAGCGGUAUUUACAGGGAAAAAUCGUUUUGCGAUUAUAGUAGAGAUUUCUUUGUAUCACGCGACAAUUGUUUGUUUUCGUUGCAUCGCGAGGCAAAGCAACGCCAACGAGAAGAAAAAAAAUCAGAAAUAAAGUGCGCUAAAAAAAGUGAAAUCUAAUGCUAAAAGUCAAUUUCUUAUAGCCGAAAACGUGAUUCACAAAAUAACCAUCAGGGCAAUUAAUUUUAUGUGACGAAUUGUUUUAAAUAAAAAAUGGGAACGAAAGUGCAACAAAACGACAACGCUGCCGCCGCCGACGUCGCAGCAGCGCCAACGGCAGAAGCGGCCGCCACCCACAGCAACGCCAACGCCAACGCCACAACAACAAGAACAACAGCAACGAUAAAAGCAGAGCCCGAGGCAGAAGCAGCAGCAACGGCAACAGCUACAUCAGGCGCAACAACACCAACGCAUAUAAUGGAGGUAAAGUCACAAACGCUGCCCACACAUGCAGCAGCGCCGACGCCAGUGCUAAUCAUUCCUGCCGCCCAGGCUUCCACGAUGGCCACAAAUGCCGCCAAAAAGAUACGGCGCGCCUUCUCCAUGCCACGCAAUCCGUUUCGCUGGUCGCGCAAAUUCAAGACGAUCGGAACGACAGCCGGCAGCGGCACCGGAGUCGCUGACAGCGACGGUAACGUCGGCAGCGUUGCCAGCAGCACGGGAAUUUCAUCCUGUGUGAGCGGCGGCCGGGGACGUAGCGGCAGCAUUGUAACUCUCAGCAGCUACGAGGCGACUGCCUCUGAAGCGCCCAUUGGCAAGGACAAGCAUACAAUUGGCUCAAAUAGGGCGGCGACCAUUGCAGUCGGCAACAGUAGUAGCAGCGGCAACAACAACAGCAGCAAUAAUAACAACAGCGGCAGCAACAACAACAAGCGUGCACGUGCGAUGCGUCGGUCGUCCUUCAGGAAAUUUCUGAAUCGUAUCGCUCAGCACUUGAGCGCAACGGUGAAUGUUGGGUCGCCAGAGAACAACACUGCGCAUCGCACAACUUUUAUUGAAAUCGUGCCAUUCUACACCGGAUGCUGGCGACGAAAAGAGGCGAACAAACAUGGCCAGGCGAGCAUGGGAAAUGCGAAUGGAACGGAGCGUGUGCCGCCCAUUGGGGGCUAUCAGUGGCCCGCCGAUCAGACGCCCGGCGUAAUGGGCCUUAAAAAUCAUGGCAACACCUGCUUCAUGAACGCGGUGCUCCAGUGCCUCAGCCACACGGACAUAUUAGCCGAAUAUUUUGUGCUGGAUCAGUAUAAGGCUGAUCUGAAGCGUCGCAAUAAGAUCAAUUCACGCAAAUUCGGCACCAAAGGCGAACUGACCGAGCAGCUGGCCAAUGUGCUGAAGGCCUUGUGGACCUGCCGCAAUGAGAGCGAUCACAGCACCAGCUUCAAGGCCGUUGUCGAUCGCUAUGGCACACAGUUUCGCAGCUCGACGCAGCAUGAUGCACAGGAGUUCCUCUUCUGGCUGCUGGACAAGGUGCACGAGGACUUGAACACGGCCAGCAAGCGACGCUACAAGAGCAUCAAGAAUUUUCUAAACACACAGAACUCGUAUGGCCGCUCGGAUGAGAUAAUCGCCGCCGAGACUUUGGCGAAUCACAUACGCUGCAACAAUAGCUUUGUGCAGGCCGUGUUCCAGGCGCAGUUCCGCUCCUCGUUGACCUGCCCGCGCUGCCAGAAGCAGUCCAAUACCUUCGAUCCGUUCCACUGCAUUUCGGUGCAGCUGCCGCAGCUCACCCAGCUGACCGUCUUUGUGACUGUGGUUUUCAUGAAGAAGCAGCCACGCCAGCUUAAGAUGGGUCUGCGUGUGCCCGCCGGCUCGCCCAUUGUAGCGCUGCGCGAGCAGCUCCAGGAGACCAGCGGCAUUGCCGCGGAUCGCAUGGUGCUGGUGGAUCUCAGCUCCGAGGGAUUCACACGCGUUUUCUACGACACUCAGCCGGUGGAGACGCUGAGCAGCGUGGAGAACAUCUACUGCAUUGAGGUGCCCGAGGUGAGUCCAGCGCCAAAGGCCGCACUAGAGGCUGCGCCCACGAACGGAGCCGAAAAGCCCGCGGCGCCAAAAUCAGCUGCCACACAUUCCACGGAUCUGCUGCUGCUCGUGGCGAAUGUGCAUCGAAGAAAGGGAGACGUAGGCGAAGGCGAUGACAAGGAUACUGCCAAAGAUGUGUGCACCCGCUUUGGCGCACCCUUUAGCAUGAAGGCGCCCAGAGAUUGCAGCUACCAGGACCUGCAGAAGCGCAUGCUGCGCGAAAUGUCUGCGCUCCUCAAGCCGGAAGUGUUCUCCUAUGCAACGCCGUUGACGGAUAUGUUCAAGAUACGACUCCAGGAUCCCUCUGCCGAUCCGGAUACAUAUCUGGAGCAGGUGGAGCAUCCGCUGCUCACCGAAAUGAUUGACAUGGCGCUAUCGGUGCUCUCUGCGGAAGCGGGGCCGACACACAUCAAGCUGCUGCUCGAAUGGAGCGCGCCCGAAGCGCACUUCGUGCAGCUCCAAUCGGAUGCCGACGAAAUUGUGGAGCACGAGAGCGUAGCGCGGCUCAGCGCCAGCAAACUGAACGAUACGGCCGCCCUAACGCUGGAGCAAUGUCUGGAACAUUACACCAAGGCGGAAACGCUCAGUGCAGAGGAUGCCUGGCGCUGUCCGCACUGCCAGCAGUAUUUGCCCGUGGUCAAGACGUUGGGUCUGUGGUCGCUGCCCGACAUAUUGGUUGUGCACUUCAAACGCUUCCGUCAGCAUCAAGCCAAGGGGCCGCAGGCAGCCAAACUGACUACCAUGGUCAAGUUUCCGCUGACUGCUUUCGAUAUGUCGCCGCACUUGGCGCGUGGAGUGCGGGAAUACAACAGCCUGGGAUCCGCCAUAGAGCAGACGGGCAAGAAGAGCAAGAGCUCCGGUGACUCGCGCUCCUCCACGUUGAACUCACGCGCCGAGCCAAAGGACACGCGCUACGAUCUGUAUGCCGUCUGCUACCAUCAGGGCGACACUCUAGAGACCGGCCAUUAUACGGCGGCCUGCAAGAAUCCGUACGACCGUCAGUGGUACAAGUUUGACGAUCAGCGUGUUAGCAAAGUGCCCGAGAAUGACAUCGAACAGGACAUUAUUAACAACGAAGCGUAUAUGCUCUUCUAUCAGCGACGCAACGCUGACGCUGCCGCCGAGUGCUCCGGCUCCAGUUCCACAUCGGGCGAUCAUUGGGUGUCGCGCAUUGCGCCGCCACCAGCAACUGCCAGCAAAGAGAAGGAUAUUGUGCCAACGACAUCGGAUGCGCCUGAGCCGGUGCCAGCUGUAGCCGAGAAGACGCCCGCCAAGCCAAUGGCUGUGCCCAUUCCCAUACCCAUUGCAGCCUGUGAAAUCGAGGAGCAGGUUGAAGUUACUUCUGCAGAAGCCAUCACGGAAUCAUCAACUAAGGAUGCGCUCAAUAUGGAGGCAAUAGCGUUUGCCGAUGCCGAUGCUGAAGCGGAGCCUGUCUUGUCAGCUGAGUCAAAUGCUGAGCCAGCUGCGCCGUUACCCACAACGCCAAUGCCAGUCACUGCGGAGCCAGCUAGUGCAGCUACUACUUCUACCAUAGAAGAGGCUGAGGCCACGCCCAUAUUUGCCAUGGACGAGGACUGCGCUGAAAAGCAGCCGAAGGUAACGGCCGACGAUGCCACAGCGCCCAGCGUGGCGCCCCUUGAGGCAGCCAGCGCAGCUCCUGCUCCAGCAGAAGCCACAACCAAUGGCCAUGCUGCCAGCCCUGGGACAUCCUCAAUAUCCAGUUCGGCUUCAUCGGUUAGUUCGCUCUCGUCACGCUCCUCGCCACGCUCGCUGAGCACCUCCGUGACGGCCGCCUCGACGCUGCAGAACAAGUUCAAUGGGCAUAUGAAUGCCGCAUCUGCUGCAGCGGCGCUGCUCAAUGGCAAUGCAACGUCGCAGUUGUCUUCCAGUUUGCAGCUCUCGCGGCAUGCGAUGCAGAACAACUGCAAUCACAAUUGGUACGGCUCGCGCAGCAGCGUCUCGGCCAUCGAGAGCGCCACACAGCAGCAGCAGCAACAACAACAGCAGCAGCAACACCAGGCUGCAGCCGCUAGCCUCAGUCUGCGGCACUCAUUCUCCACCAGCUCCAAUUACAAGUUGCGCGAAUGCAGCGAAACGCUGUCUUCGCUCCUGCGCAACUCGGCCAACACCUGCAGCAAGGAUACGCUGCUUUUUAUAGACCAGCAGAACCACCAUCAUACGAGCGGCUUGAUUGAGGACGAUGAUGAUUCAUACAUGGGUCGCUCCUUAUGGAUUUCACCUGUGACGCCACACAAGCUAAUUACCGUCUCCCCCAAGAAUUAAUGACGAUAUUGUUAUUCGAUUUGGAAUCAGAAUCACUCACACACAAAACGCACUAUAGAUAUAAGCCUAAAGUUUACUUUAUAUUGAAUAUUUCGAUCGAUGCAGUUGCAUCCAUAUAUACAUACGUAUAGUUGUAAGCUACAAGAUGUUAUACACAACGUUUACUUUAACAAUUUGCGAUUUACAAACAUAUAUACACAUACUCGUAUAUAGCAUUAUAUAAGCAUAUACAUAUAUAUACAUAUAUUUAAGCUAGUUUAGGAGCGAGAGUUAAUCAGCUUUUGUUUUUGAUUUGGUUUUAAGUUAAUUUAUUAUGAGCAAGAGACGAUUGUUAACUAAAUCGGGAAAAUUUUUAAAACAAUUGACAUUGCAUUGUAUAUUAUUAUUUAUUUAGUUUAAUGCGAAAGUACAAUAUGAUUUGAUUUUUAAUUCUUUUCAUGCAAAACAAAUGCAAUAAUAUUUUUUGUUAUAUAAACUCGAUUUAGAGCAGUCCGUGCAAGGCAUAUGUAGAAGAGGAAGAUGAAGAAACCAAGUUUCAAGCUGCGUAUUUAUAUGCAUACGAUCAGCGUAUUGUGUGCAUAUAUAUGUGUAUAUAUAUUCAAUUCAAUUACUACAUC